CUCAUCCGCUCCGUUCCGUUCCGUCAUCGAUUCAAGUUUAUUCCUUUCGUUUUGUAAUUCGUUAAUUUGUGCGAUAAUGUGAGUGAGACUGGACGUGUAAAAUAUCUUGCGACUUUCUCUUUAUUAUAAAAAUCAGUGUUCGCAUUUAUAAAGAAGAAAAAUACUAAACAAAAUUUAAUAUUUAUUAUUUGACAAGCAACAUUGAAGUGAUGUUGAUGGAUUGGGGUAAUCUCCCACUGUUGCCGCUAGGAUGCGUAUUGAGAUAUCUACGCACCAAGGAUGCUUUGGCAGCGUCAUCAGUCUGCCGGCACUGGCGUUCCGCUCUUCUCAUUGUUGGGGCACGCAUGGAUACCCUCAAACUGCGCGUGAGUAAUAUAGAUAGAAGCUGUUUCUUAACUCGCGUAUUCAGGAAGCAAGUGAAACAGAUCUACAUAUACAUAGACUCCAGCUCUGAGGACCUACAGCUGUUCAUGUCCAAUGUUUUCACCCAAUUUUACGAAAUGAAAAUGAUAAAAGAAGUGACAUUUAUCGGUCCAAUCUAUUUACAAGAGGAAUCUUAUUCACCAGUAUUUAUGCUCAAACGACAAACUUUAGAAUCGUUGCCGUUCAAUAACUUGGAUUCGCUGUUGCUCAUGGGCUGUACACUCAGUCCGUUGGAGUCGAUUGAAGAAGAUGAACACACGUGUUUAGAGAAGGAGUGCGACCCGUUAGCUUUAACGUUCAAUAACGUCUUCACUCCGGCAAAAGACGUCAACUUGGACAGUGCUACAUCUGCCUUGUCAAUGCUUCAAAAUUUAACGAUCGAAUACGACUGCCUGAGUUCAGAGGUGGUGGCUUGUCUGUCACAUCUCAAGCACUUCAAGUACCUUAAUAUUAAUAUCACGAACAAGACGAAUCUCAACCGCAAACCGUUGGAUUGGAGCGAUUUCAAAGAUUUAUAUCCAAACGGACUUAAUGUUUGCAUUAAUAUGAUCUGUGUACCGGAGAGCAAGUUCAACAAAGUAAUGACCAACGUUCUGGUAGAAGAAUUGCCGCUUACAUCUAUAAAGGUCAUGUUUUGUAAAACGCUCCAUCUCCCCAUGAUCAAGCAAUUGACUACUCACUACAAGAAGUCGCUCCGUGAGCUGGUAUGGGUCGACAGCCCUUUUCACCCCAUCGAUGAUAGAGAAAUAUUAAAGUCAGAACUCAGAGAUGACUCGUACGCAAUGUUCAACAUGAACCCAUUGGUACUGCUGUGCUGGCAAUGCAACCAGCUGCAGCGGCUUGUGUUACACGGGUACUGGAUAUGGCACUACGACCUGGUGGGUUGUGUCAGACUGCGGUGCCUGGAGCAGCUGGACGUGUCCGCGGUGGAGGUGCGGGAGACGCACUACCUGCGGCUGCGCGGCGGCGCGCCCGGACACGUGCUCACCACCGACACGCACGACAACAUCGGUAGAGAAAUAUUGCACCACAUAAACAAAUACAUGAACGUGAAAUGGAGGCCUCGGUCAUGGCGCAAGUUGCAUCGUGCAGUUCGCGGCCAGGCUACACAUGAAGACAGAGUCGACUACAUGUUGCAGGAAGCUAAACAGACAUACAGUAUCAUGUAAGUGUAACAGUAGUACUCCACUGUCGUAACACCAUCACCAAUAUAACUGUCAAGCUCAACUGUCAGGUUCAACUGUCAUGACACUUGUAUUGACAUAAUGUGAAUGUAAGUAUUGACAGUUAGUGUCAAUGCAUGAUCUUUUCGAUAUGUUUCUAAUACAUUUUGACAUAUUUUGUUAAUUUUACUAAAUAGAGUUCGAAAAUAUGCGAGAAAGUAUUCAUAACGUCAUCGAUAAAAUUGUAAUAAAAUUUGUAAAGUGGUUGAAAAGUAAAAUGACUAAUCUGAUAUAAAUGACUUAUGUCGAUAAACGUUACGGAAACUCAUAUCGCAAAUAUUCGUGAUAGGAUCUCUGUAUUACAAAAAUAUUGACAUCUCAUUAUCUUUUUGUAAACCAGAGACAAUCUACCUACAAAAGUGUUACGACAGUUUAAAACUGGAAAUUGAAUUUGUAAUCAAGUAUUUUAUCUCUUAAGUUGAAUUAUGAUAAUAUAUCAUUGUUAAGGAUUUAUAAUAUUUAUUCUGAAAAUAUUUAUCUCUCACUAAAACUAUUUA